GAAUUUAUUUUCCCCCUACAAAGGAUAAAAAAAGAAACAAUGACAUCUUCGUCUGAUCUUUUCAAAAAAUUUACUCUACAGAAUGUCGCCCAGAUCGCGAGUAGUAGUCGCAAGGAGCAGCAGGCGGUACGACAGGAGCUUCGCGAGCAGUUCCCCGUCUUCGAGGACUACUGGGAUGAAGUGCUCCCGCCCAAGCAGGAUAUCUUUUUGAUCCGCUGUCAAGGCCAGGUGCGCUGCAUUACCCUGGUGAGCUCCCAACCCGAGGUGCUCUUUUUCAACCACUACGACGGCCCUUACAUGCCGCAUCUCCGCCUUCUGCACAAAUAUCCUUUCCUGCUCCCGCGGCAUCAGGUGGAUAUCGGGGGCUGCCGCAGCGUUGUUUCCGGCGCCAACGUCAUGUGUCAGGGGCUCACCUCGAAGGGUGGGCGCGUCGAGCCGGGGAUCCCGCGUGGGACUGUCGUGGGGAUUUAUAUCGAGGGCAAGAAACACGCCGUCGCGCUCGGGAUCACGUUGAUGUCGUCUGAGGAAAUCCUCCGAGUGAAUGCCGGUCCGUGCAUCGAGAACGUGCACCACCUCGGGGAUGGGCUUUGGAUGAAUCCGAUCCUCAGUGAUUCGCAUAUCAGCACAUGA